CUACUCAAAAAUUUCUUCCUUGUCUUUUUAUUCUCUCGAUACGUCAAGAUGGUCAAGGUGAAAAUAUUAUUCAUUGGACCAAGCGAGUGUGGAAAAACAGCAUUGGCUAAUUUUCUCUCCGACACAACGGAACAAAUUGGAGCUAAUCAUUACAGCCCAACACAAGGCGUAAGGAUACUUGAGUUUGAAUCUCAUAGUUUAUCUAAUGGCAACAAAAAUUCAGCAUGUGAAGUGGAACUAUGGGAUUGUGCGGGAGAUUUCAAGUUUGAAUCAUGUUGGCCAGCUAUAAUGAAAGACUCCAAUGGGGUAGUUAUUGUAUUUAACCCAGAUGUGCCCAGUCAUCUGAAGGAAAUUGAGACCUGGCACUCAACAAUCAUCUCCUCACAGGGACUGCUAGAGGCCCAGUGUCUGCUCAUAGCACAUCAUAAACCAGGGUGUGGAGCUGACAAUAGCCAUCCACCAUUAGCCCCACAGUUAAACAAGCUGCCUCUCAUUCAUUCAAACCUUGAGGAAGAGCCUGAAGAUGUCCGACAGGAGUUUCACAAAUACUUGGGAAAUGUUAUGCGAAUGCUAUCAGAAAAACAGGAGCGUGAAGAGAUGUCAAUUAUUACAUGAUUUGUGUGUGUAUGCCAAAAUAAACCGAUAUCCCACAUGUA